AUGCCAAAAAACGAAAACACGAAUCGCAAGACUCGACCACAAGCACUACGACAUGAUCAAUCAUCAUCAUCACAACAACAACAACCAAAAACAAAGAAAAGAAAACUGCAGCAACAACUACAAACGCAGGAGGAUCAAUCCCGAUAUUCCAAUGUUGCAUCGAGUAGUAACAAUGGUAGUAGUGCGAGGACAACCACUCCGAAUGAAAAUCCAAAACACAACAACCAAAAACGAGAGCAUGUUCGAAAAAAGAAGAAUUAUGAACAACAGUUGUUGAGUCGGAUGGAACGAGUGUUUGGUUCCAGUCAAUCAUCCUCUUUGUCAUCCCCUCUUGUAAAUAGAAACGAUUUCAAGCCACAUUCAAGAACUCAAUCACAAACAUCACCAUCCUCUUCGAACGCAAGUUCUUCUUCCUCUUCCUCCGGAUCGGCUACAAGUAUUCCUGGUUUUUAUUUUGACGAAAUAGCAAAUCGAUAUUUUCCAAUCCCGAAAAAUGGCUUGGAACGUUCUAUUCUUGUGGGAAAUUCUGUAGAGAGAAUGAAGACAUUGCAAGAUCAUGCAAUGAUGAAAGCAGAAAAUUCAGCACAACAGCAACAGACAUUGCCAACAAAUUCCAAAUCUAGAAUUCGAAAGAAUAAUUAUUUAUUAUUUAAAAAUGAUGCACAAAAAAGCAUUCAUCUUAUUGCCAAUGUAAAUAAGAAAUUGUUAAUAUCGUCAAAUAGUCCUUGCAUGUUGAGAGAAGAACCACACAACAAGAAAUAUUUAAGUACGGCCAUGACGAUCUUAAAAAGUCGAUUGAUGCAUCCAACUGCAGAUUCAAAAUAUUACUACAAGCAUGUACACAAUAGAAUGAAAUUUUUUGAGAUGCGUGACAAAUUUUCACCCUUGCAUGAAUGGUCAUCAAGAAGAAAUGAUCAUGCGCCAUCUCAGAAUAGUGUGACUUCAUUUUCCUCGAAUGUAUCCAAUGACCAACAAAGGAUAACUCAACUUGAAUGUGAAUUUACUUCAGACAUUCAACUAUUUACAGUGAAACAGUUAGAUUAUAGCAAAAUUCGCAAUCAUUCCACACUCCACUUCAACGAUGAAGUUUGGAUCUUUGCUUCAAAUGCACAACGAGAUUUAUGCUUUUCAAUAAUCCAUGGAAGGGGUGAAGAAAGAUACUUGACCCCAUUACUGAAUCUCACUUCUCGAAUCACAAACAUUUCUCCUUUUACAUCGACCCAUAGAAAUAAUUAUUCAACACAGGAAUUCCAAUUUCUAGUGUCAUGUACGGGUCAAGCACAAGAGGCUGGAUCUCUCACUAGAUUUUCGAUGCUCUAUGAACAAGAUAUUCCAACACAACACUCGAUGGAAAAUGACCCAUUUGGGAAAUGGGAAAUUUCGUACCAACAAUUGUAUAGCUGCAGAAAAAAGACUCUAUUUUGGCACUCUGUCCAUCCAAACUUGCGAUGGUGUGCAUUAGGUUUAAGUAAGGGAGGAGUGAUUAUUGAUUUAGAACGAGCCUCAACAACGAGUGGUGAAAGCAAACAGUGUCACAUUGGAUAUACCACGAAUGACAGUUUUUCAGACGUGUUAUUGACCUAUUGGAACCCUUACGUGACGGAGAGAGGAGAAUUACUGUAUGCAAGACGAGAUGGAACUGUUAGCUUAAUGGAUUGUCGAAUGAAAUCAAAUAAUCAGAAUCGCCAGCUUCAAACUUGCAACAUUGGAGAAAUUCAAUUUUCACAAGGAUCAUUCAUUAGUGACGUGAAAUGUGUGAAUGAGUCUCAAUUUAUUGUGAAAAGCAUUGAAUCGUCCAUUCAACAUUCUUCUCAUCAUUACCAACCUCACUUUAAAUUGUUUGAUAAGAGGAAACUGUCACAAACUAUUCUCAAUUAUGAACUAGGAACCUCACAAGAAGAGUCUCGUCUUGCCACAAAUUCUAUUAAGGAAGAACGAGAAAACAAAAUGUUUCUAUUCGAUAACAACCAAUACAUGGUUUGUGGAGGAAUUACAAACUCGGGAAGUGUGGUGAGAAUUUGGGACGUGUAUAAGGGAGGCAAACCUGAGAUGACCAUUUUUGGUUUGCCUCAUCGAAAUGUGAGCAACAUGGCCGAAUCUCCAAGCGGUUAUGCAAAUCCGUUCUUUUUGAUGGGAAUUCCUGAUCUUGAUCAAUUAUUACUUUUGAAACAUUAA